AUGCCACACGUCAUGAGUCAUGACGAUUAUAAGAGUUACCUUUUACGAUUUAAAUGGAAAAUAAAACAAAAUCUUGCAGUUCAAAAAAGUCUUCAUGACCAUGAAAUGGGAGAAAAAAACACUUUCUGGGUUGGUUUGGUUCUCAAUUUAAUUACUCAAUCAACGUUAGACGUUAUUUGA